AUGAAAGAUAAAGAAUUAAGAGGAUUUGAAUUCAUCUUGAUUGCCAAUUAGAUGCUAAGCAUCUUUAAGUUGUCAGAACCUAAGGUUAUAAAUGAUAUCCCAUGGUUGAAGUUUUUGGAUGACUACUAAUUUUUAUCAAUUUGGGCUUUUCUUAUUUGUUUUAUUGGGUAUUAUAAAAUAGAUGGAAUAAGAAUCAAUGUUAUAACUGUUAUUCUUGCUGAGAUUUGUAUAAUUUUAUAGGAGUAUAACAUUAUUUCUUACGGUUAUAGAUCUUACAAUAUGAUGGCAGGCCUUACCUUUGUUCUUUUGUCUAUGAUUGUCUAUUAUACUUUCCCUGUUUUGAGAUUGUUAUUAACAACUGGAACUUUUAAAAAUAUAGGAUUUGUCUACAAAGAAAUAUCUGGCACAGAAGUUUCAGUAUUUUAUCCUACUGAUGAAAAAUAUGCAAAGAAAUAUGAUGUGAGUUAUAUGCCAUACCCAGGCUACUUUGAUACUCUUAAUUUUAUAUUUAAAAGACAGUUAGGCAUUAGAAUAGCUCCUCCUAAAUGGCUCAUAAAAAUAUCUGGUUAGGUAAUGGUUAAAAAAAUGAUGGGAGUAAUUAAUAAUGCAAAUCUGAAAAUUUUAAGCUCGAAAAUGCCUAUUGUUAUUUACUCUCAUGGUUUGAGUUCAAACAGAAAUUAUUCAGCCAGUUUUUGCAAAGAUCUAGCUUCAAAAGGAUGCAUAGUUAUAUCACUCUAGCAUAAAGAUGAAGAUUAUCUUGAAAAAAUAUCAUUACCUCCAAAGGAAUUAGAUUUUGUUAACGCUAUGCAUUAAGCAAUGAUUCGUAGAAAAGAAUAAGUCAAAUAAGUAUUAGAUUUUGCCUUUGAUAAGAAUAAACUAGCAACAUUAUUCAAGAAUUAAGAACAAAUUACAGCUUUUAAUUCCUUAAAAUUAAAUGAUAAAGCUAUUAUUUGUGGACAUUCGUAUGGAGGCUAAACAGCAGUUUUAUGUGGAUUGGAUGAUGACAGAAUUUUUGCUACUAUUGCACUUGAUCCUGUCAUGAGCAUUUUCGAUUUACCUUCAUUCAAGCCUUUAAUAGAAAGGCAAGUUAAUAAACCCUUUUUGGUUUUAACCUCUGAUAACUUUAAUAAGAAUUUUGGAUGGUAUAAAUAAAAGGAAGGCCUAUCAAAGUGGCUCUCUCAUAAUACUAACUCUAAAAAUCUACUUCUUGCUAGUAGAAUGAAAAAUACAUAUCAUGUAGAUUACAUUGAUGCAGCCCUAUUUUAACCAAGAGAACUCUAGAUCCUCAGAAAAGAUGUCUACUCUCCAAAUACAGUUUCUAUGAAUCUUAUUAUGAUAAAUAAACUAGCAGAAUUCUUUAUUUUUGAAGCACUUAAGAGUCCUGAAAAUUUUGAUAGCUAAAAAAUCUUAGAUAAAUUUGAUGAUAUGUGUAAAAAUGCUAUCAAAGAAACUAACCCUCUUGAAAUUAUAUAAAAUUGA